AUGGCUCCGCUAGCCACAUUCGAGGUCAAUGACGAACGAAAAUUGUUUGCUCUUGCGAAGGAAAUGCACAAAAACCUGUAUUUCCAGACAGCUUUGAGCAACUACCAGUUCCAAAUACUAAACAAAUUGUUGGAGCAGGAUGAUUACAGUUUGUGGGCAAACUUUCUAGAAGGAAACUGUGUUCUACAGAUAGAAAAGGGCGAAAAGCCGGACGCAGAUUCUGCAAGUGAACCGGAGAGUAUUGAGGAAGGCUUGAAGCCGAUGAUUCUGUUGGCACUCAAUGUUAGAUAUCUACUAUACGAAAAGGCAAUUGACUUCUACUACUAUGAGGGUCCAGAUCCAAAAAAACCACACAAACGUACUACGCAUCAGAAUGAGGAGGACUUUCAAUUGAUAGAGCUGCUCGACACAUUACCAGACGGAGAAGAGUCAGAACAACCGAAGGCACAACCACAGCCCGCUGUUCGUCGAGAGGUUGACGAUUAUGAUGACUAUGAUGACGAUGAUGGUGAUGAUGAGAAUGACUCCAAAGCGAAAGCUGGCGACAGUGGUGCAGCGCAUUCGGCUGGUUCGGCUACUGAGUUCGAACGAAACUCACAGGGCGCCAUAGUAAUCAAGCUUCCGGAAGCUCUAUUCGAAACGAAGGCUGAACCAUCUGAAGCUCCUCAAACAGACCAAGAGCCGGGAAAUGCCUCGCCCAGUGAGGUGCCGCCUCUGACGUAUACUUUGGAGGAACACGAUCUGCAAAUUAUCAACUUCAACAAGAUAUAUCAUAACUUUGAGUACGAUCGCGAGACUCUCCUCAAGCGCAGAAAACUUGAAAAAUCUGACAUGCAGUUGGAAAAUCUGAAACACCCUGAUGGCGAGGACUCCGUGAUUCCAAUAAGUUUGGGAACUGCCUCUCAUUCCUUAAAGCAUUUGUUGAGCACUAUUCAAGAACGUAGGGAUGACAUUUCCUUGAACGAUAUCGAAUUGAGAGGUCUCUUCAUGGAUAUUCGCAAGAAUAGAGGUAAAUGGGCCAACGAUGAGAGAGUUGGUCAAGAAGAAUUAUACGAGGCAUGCGAGAAAGUUUUGCUCGAUCUUCGUGGAAACACCGAACAUUCGACACCAUUUUUAAACAAGGUUUCCAAGAGAGAGGCGCCCAACUACGGUCUAAUUAUAAAGAAACCCAUGGAUUUAAAUACGGUCAUGAAAAAGCUUAAAGCCCUCUCUUACAAUUCCAAAGCUGAGUUUGUUGACGACCUCAUGCUUAUUUGGAACAAUUGCUUGACAUACAAUGCCGAUCCGAAGCACUUCCUUCGAGCACAUGCCAUAGCGAUGCAGAAGCUCACUCAAAAGCUUGCUUCUUCGAUUCCCAAUAUCACCAUUAGAGUUCGUUCUGAGCUAGACAAAGAUGAAGAGAAUGAUGCAGAUGCUGGUGGGUCGACACCCGCAAUAAAAGGAGGUAAGAAGGCUUCUAAAAAGGGUCGAAUGAGACGUAGGGAAGAAAUCAUCAAAGCUGAGGAAACCGAGGGUUUAUCCGACUCCCAUGAAUCUCAAGCAAGUUCUAUCGAGGGAACUCCUCUCUCUCCGUCAAAAGCACCUCUGAUUGCCCCAGAGAGUGGCUCGGUCCCACCUGAAGAGAACCAAGAAGAUGAAGAUGAGGAGGCAGAGGAAGGAGAGGAUGAAGUCCGCGAAGAGGAUAAUGAUGGGGUUCAGGACACUGAAUUGCAGGCUUGGAAGAAUCUUACGGCUAAAUCCAGAGCCAAGUAUUGUGCGGCUAGAGCUGCCUUGUUCGAUGACGAUUACAAAAUUGUCAUGAAUGCUGAUGCCGUGACAAGAGAACUGGGAAAAAUGAGUGAUUUCAACCAAUUUUUGGACAACAAGGAUUUUGUUUCAAAAGGGAACAAAUUGCUCGAUAAUGAUGAGCCCUACUUGCUCGAGUACGAUGUUGCAGGAGGAAUUCCUGGUAUAGAAUACGAAGGAGUUGAUGAUUCCUCACAGGAGCGCUAUGAAAAUCAUAUGGUAGAAACGCUUUUGCAACAGCCGGAUGCUCCGGAGCUAGGCCCCUCAAGCUUGAUCUUGCCGACCGAUCGUGGACUCAACAAAUUGUACUCGGGCAAUCUUAAAGAAAUCCAGGAAAUCCGCAAAAUCUGCUUCAAAAUUUCUUUGAUUCGUCAAAUGCAGACCCUGCAGUUUGUACAUCGUACUCAAAUGCAAAAGCCAGAGAUCGACGAGCUCCAGGAAAAUGAUAUCGAUGCAGUUUCUAAGCUUCAGAACCAUGACAUCAACGAUGAGAGCGUCCAAUUCGUGGCGCUUCGACGUAAUAUCUCCAAAAUUGCUAUGCAUACCGGUUUUGAAAGCACAGAACUUGGGGCUAUCAACACUUUAACUCAAAUUGCCGAGCAAUACAUGCUGAACUUGGCCAAGACUCUUAAGUUGCAUACAGAAAACUCUUCGCGAAACCAACUCAGUCUCGAAAAUAUUCUUUUGCUUUCGUUGUUGGAAAAUGGUGUAGACAAACCAGCUGACCUUUGCACUUUUGUGCAAGAAAAGGUUGAAAAGAACAGGGUGAAGCUCAAGGAUCUACGCGUAAAAUUGUCAGGAUUCUUGAAGGACUUACUUCGUCCUUCGUUGGAGAGUAUCAAUGAGAAGAACUUCGAUGACAACAGUGAACAAUUUACAACAGGUGAUUUCACUAGUGAGUUGGGUGACGACUUCUUUGGCUUCAAAGAGUUGGGACUUGAUAAAGAGUUCAAGAUGUUGACCUCAUCCAUCCCUGUGUAUUUGCUUCAUUCGAAACUCCAAAAUUCGUUCAAUCUUUCGGGGCCAACGAACAAAUCCAGUAAGUAUGAGGAUUUGAAGGAUUGGAAGGUUCCUAGGUUGACCAAGGAGGACGUCAGCAAACAAAUUGGCCUCUUGCAACCGUUCUACCUGAGCUUAGCUAGCAAGCUGGAGGCUUUGUAUUUGAAGCUGCAGAAACGUCUAGGUGCCAGCAUGGAAUUGCCGCCCCCGAAUAAAUUGUAUUUGCUUGAGGACGAAGAGCUUCCUCAAAAACAGAGAAACAUACGGCCAAGGUUGCCACCAACUGGAAAAAUCACCCUGGUCAAGAAAAAGCCCUUGUCGUCUGCUCUACUUCUUCCUGAGGAUGAGGUAGCACAAGACCCAGGUUCAGAAUUUUUAGAUAGCAUGGAUAUUGUACCACAGGAUUAA